UUUUUUAACGCAACAGCCAGUUGCGAUAAUAAGUGUAUCAGCGUGUGGUAGCUGUGGAGACUAGGAAGGAAACCUAAACUAAACGUAUACCAUUUAUAUCACUUGAUUUAAAGUGUUUAUCUUAACCUGUGGAGAUGUUCAACAGCCGUAUCAGGGACUUUGAAGACGACCCGUUCUUUUCUGAUCCUUUCCGCAUGCACAACGAACGCAUGCACCAAAUGAUGAGGGGUUUUUCGGAUCCCUUCAACCACGGCUUCAUGCCCAGUAUCACAGAUGGCCGGGACAGGGGACGCAGGGGAGAAGGUCAGGCUCACACAAGCGUAGCCCUCCGCAGCGAGAACAGAGAUAUGGAUUACUUCAGGAGUCCUUUUACCAUGAUGGACAACAUGAUGGCAGGCAUGAGAAACAGAAUGGAGGAUAUGCACAGAAACUUUGAGAACUUGCCGUCAGACUCGCACACAUUCAGCUCCUCUUCAGUCAUGACUUACUCUAAAGUAGGAGAGGAGCCAGCCAAAGUAUUCCAGGCCUCCACCCAAACACGCUCUGCCCCUGGAGGGAUUAAGGAAACAAGACGGACUCUGAGAGACACUGAGAGUGGGGUAGAAAAAAUGUCCAUUGGUCACCACAUCAAUGACAGGGGACACGUCAUUGAGAAGAAACAAAACAAAAAGACAGGAGAAAGAGAGUUUAACCAGGACUUUCAGAACAUGGAUGAGACUGAAGCCCAGGCUUUUGAUGACGAGUGGCAGCAGAAGGUGUCUGACUUUCAGCCAGCUGCAAGACUGUCCCGUCUGGAGGCCCCGAGAGCCAGAGCGGCUCACAGAGCAGCCAUCACCGGCCCCGAACACACACACAGAGAAAGAAAAACGAAGCCAGCAGAAGGGGAGAAGAAAACGCACAUUUCUGAGCUCAACAUUCAAGGCUCCAGCAUGAAGAAGCAGUAAAAAAACUUUACAAACUCUCUGGCAGGCAACAGCUCCCUGAUGAUUUUUCAUGCCAGUGCUUUAGUUAUUCUGUUUUCCUGUGCUCCUUUUUUUUCUGUAAUGAAAGCUUGACAAAAGCUAGUCAUCAAGAUUUGUUCAUAACUGUACCUCCUGCUGUUUUUACAGAAAUAUUUCAGAAUGUAAACGUUACCCAUUGCCUGCAAAGUUCAUAAAGGCUAAUGUAAUCGAACAUCAUGACAUGGAAUGUGUAAAGAUUUAGUAGUUUUCAUGCACAACACAAUCUUUUCUUAGCGAAAGGUAAGUUGGAUUCUUUCUUAUAGUAUUUUCCUUAAAACGAUCACCAAAAAUAAGAGUGGGUCUCCCACUAAUUAAUACAGAGAUGUUCUCGAUGCACUAAUAAAUAUAUUCUUGUGUGUAACUGACUAUAAUGGCCAUCUGAUUUGGGACGUAUCACUCGCUGCCCCUCAUUUGUAAAGAAAUACAAAUGAAAAACCUUUUUAUACAAUUGUUUGUCAUAAUCUCAAGUUCAGGUUGUCUGUUUUGUGUUGAAUUGUGUCUGCUGCUCUCUUGAAAGAAACAAGACGUGAAAGACUCCUUUAUUUAGUUCAGAGUUACUCUUCAGAAAGUAGCAGUUAAUUACACCAGUGAAGAUGAUAAUAUAUAACAUAGUGGAAUGUCUGUAUCUGCCUGGUAUUGUCUACUCUGCUUGUGAUGGUAAUGCAUUUCACUGACAUUUGAUGUUCUAUAAAUGCACACAACUAGAAAGAGUCAGUUAUUAAACUGGGGCCAGCUGUUAUGUAACACACUCUCAUCACUUUAUAACCGCAACACACAUAUAAUAAAAUGAUUAUAAAAUUAGAGUACAGAUUUAUUCAUAAAUACAGAGCAAAACAAUCACACAGCUGUAAAUCCAGACAGAGAAAAUGUAAUCCUGUCUUUAACACUAAAUAAUAACAAGGAUGUGCAUGAACUCUCACUGAAAAUACUGAAAAACUAUGAGGAGACACCUAAAGCACUCUCCUUUAAGUAUGUUUCUUUAUCUCUGGAAGUAAGAAAGUGUCAGAAAUGUAAGUGCUGUAUCAUUAAAUUCCCAGUGUCUUUGUUGUUCUGUUUUAAUACUUUGACUUGCGAUAAACUUUUUCUGUUCUUGUCACCUCCUUCCACAUUUCUUGUUUUUUAAAUAUAAUAACAGUGAUCCUAUAUUGCACUUAAUGUCAUGUUUUGUAACCUUAAAAGAGAAACGGUGAGAACAAUGGCAUGUUAUUAUUCUUAUUUUUUUUUUUUUACUACAACACACAUUUAAGGACAUAAGUUUAGACCGACUAUAGUUUCUCAACCACUUUUUCUUUCUCCAAGCCCAAGCAGUUAGCAUUACUAAAGCCUGGAAAUAAAUUAGUGUUAAGCCUUCAUGUCUGUUUCAUACAGAGCAUCAGUGCACAGAGAUGUAAAACAGUAGUAACAGACAUUUUAUACAUUUCUUGAAUAAAGUCUGUAGGUUAGUAGAACUCUUUCACAAUGAUGUAGUGUGUGAUGAUGAUGUUAGAAAAAUAUCAACUAUAUCAGCUUCAUUAUUCAUCCACUUUGAAUUCAUCACUCAUAUAACCUCGAUUUGAUCUUUUCUUUUCUUCAUCUGAACACCUUGUGAAAGGGUAUUUUUGUGAAAAUAUAUCUGAAUUUUCCUUCAUCUCGAGAUAUUUUGCUUGCUUCCACAUGAAUCAGUACCUGCUCUUCAUCUACUGAGCGGUAAUGAGACUCGUUGAGAAUGGACCAAUCACACGAGGCCAAAUAUAUAAAAACAAUACUGAUUCGCUAAUAACAAAAGUGGGCGGGUCCGGGGCGCAGAGCUCUGCGCUCCCGAGGAAAAUUUGAAACAAGCCAAUCAGAGCUCAGCCUCAAGUCACGUGCUUUACAAAAGAUUACGUAGCCACAUACGUCGUUUAUCUAGCGUACCGCGCACGCGCACACGAGCGAAAUACAGUUGUUGUUUUGUUUUGUUUUUUUACAGAUUUUAUUUUAAAUAAA